GGCCGGGCGGACCCCUCCGGCGGUUGGAGCUAACGGACGGGUCGGGGCAGCCCCGCAAGGGGACGGGGCCAAGAUGCCGGUCAACAAAUCUGAAAAACCCGAAAAACCUGAAAGCUGUGACAACGUGAAAGUUGUCGUUCGAUGCCGUCCGUUUAAUGAGAGAGAGAAGGCUAUGUGUUACAAACUCUCCGUUAGCGUGGAUGAGAUGAGGGGAACGAUUACAGUGCAUAAAACAGAUUCUGCCAAUGAACCUCCAAAGACAUUUACGUUUGACACUGUUUUUGGCCCAGAGAGUAAACAGCUUGAUGUCUAUAACUUGACUGCAAGGCCUAUUAUUGACUCUGUUCUGGAAGGCUACAAUGGAACUAUUUUUGCAUAUGGACAGACUGGAACAGGCAAAACCUUUACAAUGGAAGGUGUGCGAGCUGUGCCUGAACUUAGAGGAAUCAUCCCAAAUUCAUUUGCCCAUAUUUUUGGGCAUAUUGCAAAAGCAGAGGGGGACACAAGAUUUCUGGUGCGAGUAUCCUAUUUGGAAAUUUAUAAUGAAGAAGUGCGUGACCUGCUAGGAAAGGAUCAGACCCAGAGAUUAGAGGUUAAAGAAAGACCUGAUGUGGGAGUUUAUAUCAAAGAUCUUUCAGCUUAUGUUGUGAACAAUGCCGAUGAUAUGGAUAGAAUUAUGACACUGGGCCACAAAAAUCGCUCUGUCGGUGCCACCAAUAUGAACGAACACAGCUCCCGUUCCCAUGCCAUCUUCACGAUAACCAUUGAAUGCAGCGAGAAAGGAGUGGACGGCAAUAUGCACGUCCGCAUGGGCAAACUGCACCUCGUGGAUCUGGCGGGAUCAGAAAGGCAGGCGAAGACUGGAGCUACAGGACAGCGAUUAAAGGAAGCAACCAAAAUUAACCUUUCUCUUUCCACCCUUGGCAAUGUAAUCUCUGCUUUGGUGGAUGGAAAAAGUACACAUGUGCCCUAUCGUAAUUCGAAAUUGACCCGUCUUCUUCAGGAUUCCCUAGGAGGCAACUCAAAAACCAUGAUGUGUGCAAAUAUCGGUCCAGCAGACUACAAUUAUGACGAGACCAUCAGCACAUUACGGUAUGCCAACCGGGCUAAAAACAUUAAGAACAAGGCUAGAAUUAAUGAAGAUCCAAAGGAUGCUUUGCUUCGCCAGUUUCAGAAAGAAAUAGAAGAACUCAAAAAAAAGCUUGAAGAAGGUGAAGAAAUCUCAGGCUCCGAUAUUAGUGGAUCAGAUGAGGAAGACGAGGAGGGGGAAGUUGGGGAAGAUGGAGAAAAGCGGAAGAAACGAAGGGGCAGUAGCAGCAGCAGUAGUUCAGACUCCACAUGUUCUGUCAUAGAGAAACCUCUGGAUAAUUCCUUGACUAAUCAAACAGGUAAAAAGAAGGUUUCCCCAGACAAGAUGGUGGAGAUGCAAGCUAAGAUCGAUGAGGAGAGGAAGGCCCUUGAAACCAAACUCGACAUGGAAGAAGAAGAAAGAAACAAAGCUAGAGCUGAGCUGGAGAGACGGGAGAAAGAUCUGCUUAAAGCCCAACAGGAACAUCAGUCAUUGCUGGAAAAAUUGUCUGCCCUGGAGAAGAAGGUGAUCGUUGGCGGUGUGGAUUUGUUGGCCAAGGCUGAGGAGCAAGAGAAACUUCUGGAAGAAUCCAAUAUGGAGCUGGAGGAAAGGCGGAAAAGAGCAGAGCAACUUCGCAGAGAACUGGAAGAAAAAGAGCAAGAACGUUUGGAUAUUGAAGAGAAAUACACCAGUCUGCAGGAGGAAGCUCAGGGCAAGACCAAGAAAUUAAAGAAAGUGUGGACAAUGCUAAUGGCGGCAAAGUCAGAGAUGGCAGAUCUCCAGCAAGAACAUCAGCGAGAAAUUGAAGGCCUCCUGGAAAACAUCCGACAGCUCAGCAGGGAACUGAGACUCCAGAUGCUUAUCAUAGACAACUUCAUUCCUCACGACUACCAGGAAAUGAUUGAAAAUUACGUUCAUUGGAAUGAAGACAUCGGAGAAUGGCAGUUGAAAUGUGUUGCAUAUACGGGCAAUAACAUGAGAAAGCAGACUCCAAUACCUGACAAAAAGGAGAAGGAUCCCUUUGAAGUGGACCUUUCUCAUGUGUACUUGGCCUACACAGAAGAAAGUCUGAGACAGUCUCUGAUGAAGCUGGAGAGGCCAAGGACUUCAAAAGGAAAGACGAGGCCCAAAACGGGGAGAAGAAAGCGUUCUGCGAAACCCGAGGCUCUAAUCGACUCUUUGCUUCAGUAAAUGUCACACACCCAAAGUCCCAGUAAUACUCAGCGUGUGUUGAAAACGCUUGGCCAAACUGUCUAGUUUACCCGAAAACCCAGAGAAGAUGUGUGUAUUUUGACAUGAAGGUGGCUGUAAAAUCAGGCCCGACCCCAGAGCGCUGUUUAAGACCGAAAAGAAUUUCUGUCCCAAUGCCCUUAUGCUGUCUAUGUUAUAUUAACAUAACAUGUUAAAGCAGUCCAGCUGGCAAUGGCUCCGUUUCGCCAUCUUUUCUCCCGCCGUUUUGGUUGUGCAGGCAAGUAUCGAAGAGUAGCCUGCAUUUUUGAGAGAGAAUCGAAAUGUCAAAAGCCCAACUGUUUAAAUCUGUAGAGAUAAACGUGAACUUUCAACUUCCUGCCUUGCACAAUAGAAACGGGCAGCUUCAAUUGUCCUCUGUUGCACUGUUCUGUUUAUUUGAAUGUGAUCGCUGCACACCCACUGAGUGACUUCAUCUGAACACUGAAUCAAUCUCCCUCCCUCCCCUCUCCCUCUCUCCCAACCCCUUCUCCUUCUCCCCCUCCGCCCUGCUCAAUUUAGACUUUCCUAAUGGUAACGGUAGCAUCCCAUGUGUUUCAAGUAGGAUGGGACCAAACUCUUCUGUAGAAAACAGUGUGCACAUUAUUACCAUACAUGGUCCCGUACACGGUUGAUCGUUUGGAACGUUUACCUGUGCAACCUCAAAAACCCUGACGUUAGGCCCCCCACCAUCUCCACACUCCAACCCAUUCCCAGCCUUCCCUGAUUCUAUGCUCAAAUGCAAUAGGCUUUCAGGGUUCUUGUUUCAUAUUUAAGUGAUACCCUGACUUCCCAGGCAGGGAGCCACGCUCGCAGCUACUGCAAGGGACUAAGAAGCGACCAGUUGACCCGACUCCUCGACCAGGAUCCCUCUGAGCCGAGGGCGGGGGCCCGGGCUCACCAACUCAGCCCGAGUCCCGCCCCCCGUGCCAGCAGCCCCCUCGCCCCUUUUUUCUGAAGCCCAAAUGCCAUUAGGAUAGGGGGAGUUGACCAAAGAAAUCCAUCUAUGGUUCCACAGGUUCAGUUGGCACUGCCCUUUCCUAAAUCACACUUCAAAUUUCCAGUCCAGACCUAGAGGAGGACGGACCUGCCUCUGUCCAGGGAGCCCGGACUCCCGGCUCUGAAAGAGUGGAAUGGACAUUCCUGCCACCCCCAUCAGGAUGGCUAGCGAUUUUCCCCACCCUCGGGCCCCGAAACCUUUCCGACACAGUGAAAGGUGAUGGAAACCUUUUCCCCCCUUCCCAGAAUUCAUGUUGCGAACUCCAGGGGUUUGCUGCUCAGAUGACUGAUUCAGUUAUUUCUUUUGAAAGUUUUGCUGCUACUAAGUACUAACAUUUUAAUAUAUUUCCUUUUGUAUAGUAUGUGAAUUUUAAAACUUUUUUUAUAUUAUGUAACUAGUGCUGGUACACCUUGGUUACAAGUGUCUUAAGUCUUCAUAAGCCCGUGUUUGUUAAAUUGACUUGGUUUCUGUAAGCAUUUUAAGUGUUGGUUUAUGAUAAGCCGUGACUUCAGAGAUGAAAAAUAGGUCCUCGAAUGUAAAACCCUCACGCACUGGAUACCACUACGGCUGAACUCAAAUGUGAUGAAUUCAGUUCAGAAACAGAAAUUGUGUUUUCUGUUUGGCAUUUUCUCUGUAGAAAAUAGGGAAUGUUUAAAGCUCUGGUAACACUUCCAUAUGUGGGUGUGCACUGUGUAGUCCUGUGAUGACGUGAGCUGAAUGUGAGUGUUGUAAAUUAUGGGUGAAAGGUGCUCUGACAGUUUAAGAAAAUGUCUCCAUGAUGGAUGGCACGUUUCAUCUGGGAGUCAUUUUAUUUUACCACUGAAAGGCCAGUUAAAAUUGAUCAUGCUUUUAUACCCCUCCUCUUUAGCCCGAGAGUGAAAUGGUUCACAACAUUGAGCUCUCAUUCAUCAUAGCUGCUCUGUGUGAGAUGAGUUCAGUGAACGAUUGCUCACUGAGUGGCUGUGGAUUUUGGCUUCUCAAUGAUUUGGAAUACCAAGGCCGGAGUGCGGGGUGGUUUCCCUCUUGGUUUCUGUCGAACCCCUCAGGACUGGAGGCAUGAAGCUGGGGAGAUGUGAAUGCAGUAAGGAAGAUGUAGCUCCUGGAACUGAUUCUCAAAAGAAGAAGGGAGGUGUUAAUUGCAGUGGUGGAGGCUGGAGAGAAGGAUGCUGUCUAUUGGCUUUCCAGCCAUGCACAGCCAAGUGGGCUGAUGGUGUUGAAUCUGUGUGGGCUUGUGACCUCAGAUCCUCUAAGUAGAAAGAAGCCCCCGACAUUUCUCUGGGGACUCCAGCUGCGCAGGCUUCAGCAGGCCCGGCUGAGGAAGGGCACCCAGUCUUUCGAGUAAACAAAUAUCCCCCAAACGAGCCUGCUUUCCGGCUUCAUGCGGGCUUCAGAACACUGACCUGGAGCGGGGCCUUUAGCUGAAUGUUCCUCUCCUUCCCUCUCCAUUGAAAAAGAGGCCCGGACCAUUCAGGAAGCGAGGCCUUGGCCAGGCGGCUAGGGCCGAGACGGCUGCCUGCCCACAGAGCCGACUGGGACGCCUCAGCCCAGGAAACCCAGAAGGCAUUGGUGUGCUUCCAUUUCCCAGUCCCGACUGGGCCAUGGCUUGGCUGAUGGUCCGUCCAUCCACCUGUCCGUCCAUCCGUCUGCCCUGUGUGCUUUCAGGCACAGCCUGUUUCUGGAGGGCAUGUUUCUAGCAAGAUGUGUGAAGUCCCUUUGUCCCUAGGGAACCACUGAGUGCUGGCAGCCUUGAGUAUAUUUGCAAGUAGAAGAUUCCCUCCUUGGCUCCAGGUCGACCCUCCCCAACUGCUGCAUGCCAUUGGCGCCAAUGGGCCACCAUGCCCUGUUAGGAUCCGUAGCACUGAAACACUCAUUUAAGAAAGGUUUCAAUACAGUAAACCGAUCAUGAGGCCCACCCGAUAGCCAUCCUUUUCCGGCUCCAUAACCUGAUCUGAGUGAUGCCACUUCCUCCUUUAGCUCAUACCGUGGCAUCCCUCUCACCCUGCCCCACUAGAAUAGAGCAUGAUCAUUGCCUGCCCUAUAGGUUGCUGCUUUUAAGGGAAUGCUUCCACAUUACUGUUCCAAUUCCAUUCUUCCCAGUUCUUGGAUUGCUAGAAGAGGAAAACCCAGACCUCCCUUAGUGCCUUUCACAAACAUACACUGCAGUCUGAAAACUAAAUUAUCGCAACUCUAGGAGGAAUUGCACCAACCGUGUAUAUAGGACAAAAAAAGUUGUACAAUUUGCUUCAUGUUUAUGGUUUCUUCAAUUAGAAAGUCACAGUCAUUCUAUUUUAUGUAUAAAUUUUUAUUUGCCUAUGUACAUACCAGUAUUGUAUGCCUACAUGCAGCAUGUUCAUACCGAGAAAUAAAGGUCUUAACUCCUAGAA